AUGCCAGACCUGCGACCGCAGCCCUCCCAGAUCGUUGGAGUGCCACAUCCGCCAGCCUGGGUGCAGGCCAUGAAGGACCUGGAAGAGCAGCGUGCCGCGAAUAGAAUCGCACGGGUACGCGAGAGGCUCCAGCAGAUCGAGCUCAAGUACCAAAACCUGCCGCCGCUGCCGCCCCAGCUGCCCCCUCUUCUGUACGUAAUGCAAGGUGACGAUGCGACUAGCUACCACGACGACGAUGCUUCAAGGUCAUUCUACAGGUCCUGUGCAGAAGGCGACUUAGACCGCGUUCGUGCAUUCAUCGACCAUCUUGCACCGACACCCGCGGAUCUUUCCUACGCCCUGGAGGAGGCAUGCCAGAACCUACAGCUCGAGGUCGUGCGAUUCCUGUUACGGCAGUCAGAGACGCAACUGCACUAUCGGUGCUUCCGCAGACCGUCCACCUCGUCGUCGCAGAGCAUCUUUACGAGCGGGAGUCCGGAGCUUCUCAACCUCCUGAGGAUUCUCGUCGACUUUGAAUGGCACUUGAACCAGCUGCUCGGCCCUCUGCAGAGAGGUAAACGGCCGCCCCACUACCCCCCGAGCCAGGAGGUUGCGCUGCAUUAUCCACGGUGCAUCCUGGAUACUGACAUCUUGCAAUUUCUCCUGGACGCCGGGGCAGAUCCGACCAUAGCAAGGGAUAUAAUCGGCGACCCCUAUUUCAGCGUCAUCGAACAGCCUGUGCAGAGGCUCAAGGGGCAUAUCUUGGAGAUGGCGGUCAAUCUCAGUGCCACGGAGGCCGUUACUCUACUAAUAUCGCGCGGAGCCAAGCUAGAAUAUGGUAUUCCAUUGCACAGUCUUGCCCGGCGAAGGCCUCAUCCAGCGGCUAUCAAGGUGAUGGAUGAAGAAUUCCUGAAGGGGCUGUACAAAGAAACACCUGAGCUGGAGUAUCCCACUCUCUCUACCCGGUUCGUCAUGGCCCAACAUCUGAUUGCUCUUGGCGAGGAUAUCAACAGGGUGGCCAACGUCUACCGCCUGAUCGGGCCCUGGGUUACGAUUCCCAUCCGAUUGCACGAGGCCACCGCAUUAUCGCAUUCCAAAAACUCCAUGGACUGGGAUUAUGUUAGAUGGCUGCUGGAGAACGGUGCGGACCUGGCUGCAAGUCCCAAAGCCACAUCCGUUGCGCAGAUGUUCUAUUCUAUUGGAGCCAGUCAUGAGGAAGUUGAAGAGACGUAUGAGGAUAUGAUACGACAGUUUCAGCAGCCAGGGCAGAGUGUGACGGCAGCAAUCUAA